AUGUAAGAGUAAAUAUUUAAGAUAGUGAUAAUAGGGAAUAGUGCUGUAGGGAAAUCAUCUUUAUUAAUCAGAUAUUGCGAUGACACUUUUAGAGAUAUUUAUUUAAGCACAAUAGGAGUCGACUUCCGAUUUAAAACAAUAAAGUUAGAUGGACAAGGAAUAAAGUUGUAGAUUUGGGAUACAGCAGGUUAAGAGAGAUUCAGAAACAUCACAAAUUCAUAUUACAAAGGUAUUAAUGAAUAGAUUUACCAAUAGGCGCUUAGGGUAUAGUGAUAGUGUAUGAUGUAACAAAUGCAAAAUCGUUUGAGGAUGUAACAAAAUAUUGGAUGGCUGAAUUAUCCCAUUAUGCAGAUUAGAAUGUGAAGCUGAUGUUGCUGGGUAAUAAGAUCGAUAUGGCAACAGAGGAGACCAGAUAAGUUAGUUAAGAAAUGGCUGAACAAUUAUCAAAAGAAUUUAAUAUGCAGCAUCAUGUUGUGAGUGCAAAGACAGCAGAAGAAGUAAGAAAAUGAUAGCGAUAUUUUAUCAGGUCGAGAAUGCAUUUAUAAAUUUGGCAAGAUCAAUAUAUAAUGAGAAGUCAUUAAGAGAGAUGGUUCAUCCAUAACAGUAAUAGUUGACUGGCAACAAAAAUAAAGAUGAGAAAUAAAAGGUGUGUUGCUGA